AUGCGGUCAUCUAUCGCGCUGUUGGCAACGGUGGCCGUUGCCUUUUUCUUCCUCGACCCGAGCGCAGGACUCAUGAAGGUGAUCGUGGACUUUGACCGCUGGGAACACAUCAACGGAUCGGAAAUCUUUAACGUGGAAAAGCUACGCGUACGGAAGUUCAAUCGUACGCUCUCGGUACUAAACGGCACCGGAGCACUGCUGAUUGAUCUAACAGACAAAUACGAGUACGGGCUGAGCUUCGCGCGCAGUGCACAGGGCAACAACCAGUACGAUGCGUACCCGAUGAAGCUUGCCUCGCGGCCAUUUUGUGAUUUCAUCAAAACGCACUACCAUGACUAUCAGCAUAUAUUUCUGAACUUCACCAACCUACCGUUUGUGCCGGACGGUGGGUUAUGCCCGUUUCCGAAAGGUGAAUACUGGGUAAAGGAUGCGUACAUUGACUCGUCCGUCAUACCGAUCGUCGUGCCGGAAGGGUUCUGGCGAGCCACGACCGAGCUGCGGAUUAUCGAGACGCGUGAGAUUGUGGCCCGCGGGGAGAUGUAUGUGAAGCUGACGAAAGAAUAUGUUUGA